CGUGUGGCAAGAAAAAGGGUGCCAAAAACCCCACCAAAACCCUAUAUUUCUCAUUAGCGAGCUCUCGAUUUCCCCAGGUUUUGGUUGGCGGUGAGAAGUUUGUAGUAGUCCUUCGUGGUUUGGAGAAAAUGCCACUAGGGCAGAGAGCUGGUGAUAAGAGUGAGUCGAGGUAUUGUGGGAUUGAGACAGAGUUCAACGAUGACAUGCCGCAAGUCCUUCACCAGAACAUCUCCGGCGGCUUUGAUUUUGUGGUGGCCCCAUUGAUUGAUCCCAGUUACAGGCCAAGUUCUGCUAAAAAUGAUGGCAAUGGAACUUUGAUCCCUCCAUUUGCAGCCUCAGAUUUAAUUUUGAGUCCCUCACAAUGGAGCAGUCAUGUUGUUGGGAAGAUUAGCACAUGGAUUGACUUAGAUUCAGAAAAUGCUGAACUUCGAAGAGAUUCUGAGGAUGCUUUGAAGGCAGAAAUUGCGUGGGCGUCCCAUCUCUCUUUGCAGGCCUGUAUUCUUCCUCCACCGAGAGCAACUGGUUGUAGCAACUAUGCAAGAACUGUAAACCAGCUUCUGCAAAAUGUUAACAAUAUGCAGCUAUGGAUUAGGUUGCCAUUGGAGCAGCAUGAAGCUGUUGAGGAUGAUGCCAUUGAUACAAACUUCAAAACCUCUAGUGGAGGAAGAAUGUUUGAUUCUUGGGAAUGGUGGAAUACAUUCCGGUUACUUUGUGAACAUCACAAUCAGCUUUGUGUAACUCUUGAUAUCCUGAGUUCUUUGCCAUCUAUUAACUCAAUUGGUCGCUGGUUUGGAGAACCUGUUCGAGCAGCCAUUAUUCAUACCAAUGCAUUUCUAACAAAUGCAAGAGGGUACCCAUGUUUAUCUAAGAGACAUCAAUACUUAAUAAAGUCAUUUUUCAAUCAUACAAUUCAGAUUAUAUUGUCUGGCAAUUUGGUCCAUGAUAUUUCGCAGGAGAGGAUUUUACCUGCUGGUGAUGAUAAUCAUUUUGAAGGUUUGCCUAUCAGACAUGCAUUGAGACCUUAUCUGGAUUAUGUUGCAUAUCUGUACCAAAGUAUGGAUCCACUCCCGGAACAAGAAAGAUUUGAGGUUGGUUACCGGGACUUCCUUCAAUCUCCAUUGCAGCCUCUAAUGGAUAAUCUGGAGGCUCAGACUUAUGAGACAUUUGAAAAAGACACUGUUAAAUACACCCAGUACCAAAGGGCAAUUUGUAAAGCUUUGCUUGAUAGGAUCCCAGAUGAGAAAGCCACAACAUCUACUACGGUACUGAUGGUUGUGGGAGCUGGACGCGGGCCAUUGGUGAGGGCUUCAUUGCAGGCAGCUGAAGAAACUGGGCGCAAAUUGAAAGUUUUUGCAGUGGAGAAAAACCCAAAUGCUGUCAUCACCCUUCACAGUUUGGUCAAACUUGAGGGAUGGGAGAACAUUGUCACCAUAAUUUCGAGUGAUAUGCGUUGCUGGAAUGCUCCUGAAAAAGCUGACAUUUUGGUGAGUGAGUUGCUUGGUUCAUUUGGCGACAAUGAGCUUUCUCCCGAGUGUCUCGAUGGAGCUCAGAGGUUUCUGAAACCAGAUGGCAUUUCAAUUCCAUCGUCGUAUACCAGUUAUCUGCAACCAAUAACUACAACAAAAUUGUACAAUGACGUCAAAGCCCACAAGGACUUGGCUCACUUCGAGACUGCAUAUGUUGUUAAAUUACACAGAGUUGCUCGACUUGCUCCUCCUCUGGAAGUAUUCACAUUUACUCAUCCAAAUUGUUCGGCCUCAAUAAACAAUGAAAGAUAUGAGAAGCUACUCUUUGAGAUUCCGGCUGAUACAGGAUCUACUCUAGUACACGGAUUUGCUGGUUAUUUUGAUUCAAUCUUAUACAAAGAUGUGCAUCUUGGAAUUUUACCAUCAAAGGCAACACCGAAUAUGUUUAGCUGGUUUCCAAUUUUUUUCCCAUUGAGGAAGCCUAUAUAUGUGCCUGCCGGAUCUCCUGUCGAAGUUCACAUGUGGCGGUGUUGUGCUGCAACAAAGGUUUGGUACGAGUGGUGUGUUUCAUCACCGUCGGUAUCCCCGGUCCACAACACAAACGGCCGGUCAUAUUGGGUUGGCCUAUAAACUCUGUUCCUUUUACAAACCCUUAUAAGAAUGACCUUCGACGAUCGAUAGAUUGUAGAUGGGUCCGGCAGAAACAAAAGCUAUGAGGACUAAAACCGAUGAUCGGUUGGACGGAAAUUGAACUUGCUCAAAGCCCUAAUUUGCUACAAGCAGCAGAGGUUUUUGUAAAAAUAUUGAGCUAUGACAUGGUUAUUUUGUGUUGCUAAUUUAAUUUCUGAGUUGUGGAGUAAUAUGGCAAAUGAUUGGUUAAAUCUAAAGUUAUGUUUAAUUUCUGAAGAGUUAUAGAUUUGAUUUUUGGAUUGUUAA